AUGUCUUCAGAUAACCAGUGGUCAGCAGAUGAAGAUGAAGGCCAGUUAUCCCGACUGAUCAGAAAAUCUAGAGACUCCCCAUUUGUCCCUGUAGGGAUAGCAGGCUUUGUGACUGUGGUGUCCUAUGGUCUUUACAAGUUAAAAUACAGAAGAGAUCAGAAAAUGUCCAUUCAUCUUAUUCACAUGAGAGUUGCUGCCCAAGGAUUUGUUGUAGGAGCUGUGACUCUAGGUGUUCUCUACUCUAUGUACAAGGAUUACAUUAGACCUCGAUUCUUCAAUAGGUACAAAAAAUGA